AGUUCCUCUGGCAACUCAAACUUUUAAUUUUACUCCUGCAUCUAUGUGUUGCCAUGGAAGGGCCAGAGAAGACGAUGAUCUACAGCAACUCUUUGCUGGGCAUGGUCAAGCUUUUGGCUAUGGAAGAUGCCUUAAGGCACAACCUGGCGACCUAUAUCCAAGCCAUGCAAACGAAAUUGGAUGCCUUAAAGCUUUUCCAACAGAUGCUGCACAGGGAGCCAAUGAAAACUCUCGAAGAAAAGGAGGAAUUUAUUGGAAAUCCGCUAAAUGCAUUGCCCCUGCUGCGACGCCUCAAUCAGGAUUGGCCCAAGUGGUUGAAUUAUCUACGAACGGAUAUUGCCAGCAAAACAACAAAAGCAAUGGAAACAAAAUUGAAAUUAGCACCAAGCAAUGAUGAUCUGCAAGUGGUACUCAAAGGUUUCGCGCGCAUCGAAAGUUUCUACGAUCAAGAGGCAGCGGACAUGGCCAAGGGUUACCUAUUGGAACAACACUUCGACUCUCAGUUGACGGCACCCGACUGCUUUGCGCUGGCCGAAUUUCACUACAAUCAAACGCAAUUUUCAAGAGGCACGCCCUGGUAUCGCAUGGCCCUUCGACUGCACCAGAGAUCCGAGGGUAAACUCUAUAAGAAGGUUUUGGGACUGAAGCGAAAGAGAAUCUACCAAAAGUUUGCCAACUCGUUGGUCAUGGAGGCCUUCUCUUUGUCUAUUCCAACGGAGAUAAACCCCGAAUGGGAGACACUGGCCAAUGAAAUGGUCGCCGAGGACAAAUUUCCCAGCAUCAAAAGCGCCCUAGACGAAUACCUUAAGGGAGAUGAGGAGAUCUUGAGGCAGGAGGCAGCUCAACACAAGCCCAAACCCACCAGGCUAGAGCGCGGAUGUCGUGGAUGGUGGCCCCGGCAGUCCUCCGCUCAACUAACCUGCAGCUACAACCGAAAGAACUCUGCCUUUCUGCGACUGGCACCACUCAAAAUGGAAGUUCUUAACGAGCAACCGCUGAUAGUGCUCUACCACGAGGUGCUCUACGAAAAGGAAUUGAAGUCAGUGCGGGAAAUGGCCAACAUAAAUGACAGCAUGUAUAAACAGUCCAGCAAGCCACAGCGCGAAGAUCGAUUGGCAAAGCUGAAAAUCGCUGAGCCUGUCGCCUUGAGGAUCAAUCAACGCAUAGCAGACAUGACGGGGCUAGAGCUGCAGGGUAACACAGCCUUGCACAUGUCCAACUACGAUCUGGGUGGAGACAUCAAGCGUCCGGUUAGUGGGAGAUUCCGUCUUGGCAGUGCAAUUUCAUCCAGUGAAUGGGGAGGCGAUGUGCUGGCCACAGUUGUGCUCUUUGCAAGCGACGUGCAGCUGGGUGGAGCGAAUGUUUUUCCCAAAUUAAAAAUAUCUGUGGCGCCCAAGAAGGGAAAAGCUUUGAUCUGGCACAACCUAAACAAUGCUGGCGAACCCGAGAAGCUCUCAAGUCAUGCGGGCUGCCCCGUUGUCAUGGGUUCACGUUGGACAAUUUACAAAUGGAUUAACGCAGAGCAGCAAAUGCUGAAGAGGCCUUGUCUGGCCUAGUUUCGAAAUGUAUAUCUUUAUUAGCGCCUCCCAUUAGGAUGAAUGGCAUGCAAAUAAAUUUAAAUCUUUCCACAAGUGGAA